AUGGUUUUUGUGUUUAGCCCGGGCUUAUAUCUGGCAGAUCGCUGUUUGGACACUUUGUACACUGUCGCCUCUUUUCUUGUGCAGUCCAAGUUUUACAAACCGCUUUAUGCGUAUGUCUCGCCCAACUUGACGCGAUAUUACUGGGCAUCCGUUGGCAUGUGUGGCGUCGGCUUCUUCUUCACUCUUAUCAUCACCAUAGUGCUCUGCCCCCAUCCCGAGUAUUGUCGGCAUACGGCUCUACAAGACACGUUGCCUUGGGAAAUUACUCUUAGCACACUUGAUAUCCUGACCGAUCUACUUGUGAUCUCCAUCCCCGUAUCCCUCGCCUGUCUGGCGAACUUCACGCUAAGCAACGCCAUCAUCAACACACUUUUCAAAAGUCUGUCCGUCUUCCCGAUUAUUAUCACAGUCUGCCGAACGAUCUUCCAGAUUAAUAAAGAAAAGCGCCAAAUCAACUACCUGAUCUUAGCGUUAUGGCUAGCGAUUGAAGCUGCUGUGGCAGUAAUCAUGGGAUCUGUUUCAAGCUAUCGCACCGUUGUCCUGAAGCUUUACGCAACGCACAUAAGGCAGCAGCGUUCUGACCCGACGCAAUCGGGAGAAUGGAAACGGUCCAGUUUUAGCGCAGAAACGGACACAGGUUGUGAAUAUGGCCAUUACUCGCCCCUAAAGCAUGUGCUCGCUUACACAAUGACGAGAAGGGUAAUGCACAUAGUCAUUGCACAACGGUUAAAGAUCGAAAAGAUCGCCCUUGAUAGAUCAGAUAUGGAUAUCACCCUGAGAUUGACGAUUUCGGAACAUCGGUUUCCCGUUUAA